UCUGGACAGCAGUGCUUAUGAGCAUUUCUGGAGCCCAAGCUCUUCUCACAGAGGGAGGAACAGAGCAGGCAGCAGACACCAUGGAGCCCCCCUCAGCCACUGGCCGCAGAGGGCGCAGCCCCUGGAAGGGGCUCCUGCUGGCAGUCUCACUCAUAAACUUCUGGAACCCACCCACCACUGCUCAACUCACUAUCGAAUCGGUGCCGACCAAAGCUGCUGAAGGAAAGGAUGUUCUUCUACUUGUCCACAAUCUGCCUGGAAACCUUUCUGGCUAUGCCUGGUACAAAGGGGACAGAGUAGAUCCCAAUCAACAUAUUGCAACAUAUGUGAUAGUCAGUCAAGAAAUUACCCCAGGGCCUGUGUACAGUGGUCGAGAGACAAUAUACCCCAAUGGAUCCCUGCUGUUCCAGAAUGUCACCCAGAAAGACACAGGAUACUACACCCUACAAGUCAUAAAGACAACUUUGCUAACUGAAGUAGGAACUGGACAGCUCCACGUACACUCGGAGUUAACCAAACCCAACAUCACAAGCAACAACUCCAGCCCCAUGGAGCACGAGGACCCUGUAGUGUUAACAUGUGAACCUGACACUCAGGACACCACCUACUUGUGGUUGAUCAACAAUCAGAGCCUCCGGGACAGCACCAGGCUGGAGUUGUCCCUGGACAACAGGACUCUCACUUUACUCCGUGUCACAAGGAAUGACACAGGACCCUAUGAGUGUGAAACCCGGAACCCAGUGAGUGCCCAUCGCAGUGACCCAUUCUACCUCAAUGUUCUCUAUGGCCCGGAUGCCCCCACCAUUUCCCCCUCAGACUCCUAUUACCGUGCAGGGGCAAACCUCAGCCUCUCCUGCCACGCGGCCUCUAACCCACCUGCACAGUAUUCCUGGCUUAUCAAUGGGAAGCCGCAGCAAUCCACACUGGAGCUCUUUAUCCCCAACAUCACUGCGAAUGAUAGUGGAUCCUAUACCUGCCUCGUCCAUAACCCUGUCACUGGCUUCAAUAAGACCACAGUCAAGACUAUCACAGUCUCAGACCCCGUGGCACACCCCUCCAUCCAAGCCAGCAAGACCACAGUCACAGAACAUAAGGACACCGUGGUCCUGACCUGCCUCACAAAUGACAUUGGGAUCUCCAUCCAGUGGUUCUUCAAUAACCAGAUUCUGCAUGUCACAGAGAGGAUGAAACUGUCCCAGGACAAUAGCACCCUCACCAUAAACCCUGUCAGGAGGGAGGAUGCCGGGGAUUAUCAGUGUGAGGUCUCCAACCCGGUCAGUUCCAGCAAAAGUGACCACUUCAGGCUGGAUGUGAAAUAUGUUCCAACACAAGGAAGUUAUGGCCUCUCAGCUGGGGCUAUCGCCGGCAUCGUGAUUGGAGUGCUGGCUGGCAUAGCCCUAAUAGCAGCCCUGGUGUACUUUCUGUAUAUCAGAAAGACUGGAGGGGCAAGUGACCAGCACGAUCUCACAGAGCACAAACCCUCAGCCUCCGACCACAGUCAGGGCCACUCUGACAACUCCCCUAACAAGGUCGAUGAAGUUACAUAUUCUUCCCUGAACUUCAAUGCCCAGGAAUCAAAGAAACCAACUUCAGCCUCCCCAUCCCCAUCAGCCACAGAAACAGUUUAUUCAGAAGUAAAGAAGAAGUAAUGCAACCUUCCCUGCUCGCUGCACUGCUGACUUAUUCCAAGUUUCUCAUCCCCAU